AUGGGUUGCGGAUCUUCCAACUUGCCGUCAGGGGCCGGGCUGAGGCCCCCCAGGCAGUCCGCUGACAUGUUUGCUUCCGCGGUAGAUACCUGUGACUUCGCGAUCCUCCGUUUCUACAAGGGGUCCCUGUACAGUUCCGAGAUCCCCGACCCGGCCUUGCACAAACUCGUCACUACGACGGGCGCGACUACCGGGAGUAUUUGCCAGGUGCUAACCGUCUGCAAGCGUGCCGGGUGGAACUACACCAGCUACGGUUUGACGGCCGGCGGCGCACCGCCCGAAGACGGCUUUGAGGUCUUCGUCAUGCAGAGAAUAGGGGCUUAGCAGAAUAUAUUCAGCGUAAAAAAUAGUGACUUCGCGACGGCCCCAGCCCCACAUGUGUUUCGUUUCGCGCAUUUUUUUACAUUUUUUCGAGAACAAUGCCCACGCAUGAUCAAUGACAAUGUCGCAUCGGACAAAAUUGCAAAAAAAAUCCUGAGGAUGUUGUGCAAUGUGUUGGAAACAACUGGAAUACUACCUCCUGACGCGCGUUGUCGUUACCCCUAUUUCGCCUUGGCAGUAGCAACUGAUUUAGUGCGUAAUUUUUCGGAUGCGCGACAGUCUGGUGCCCUCCGUCAAACACUACGCGGGGCGGAAACUCAGCGGAAUACUAGGUUUAUCGCGGGUUUUCCCCGAGCGAUCGCUGCAUAUUUGUUUGGCUAAUAAAUAGAGUUCUAGUUCUUGGAAG